AAUAUGAUUUAUGAAUCUGGGAUCAAAGUGUAAAUUAAUAAAGCGAAAUCGGCACGAGCCCAACACACUUUCAUACUUCAGCGCAAUCCGCCACUAACUGCGGCGGCACGUGUACUUCCCUACGCUUCAUUUGUCAAAACAUAAAAUUUGUUUACUUUUAUCUCUGAAAAGUUGUGCGAUGAAUUUCACCGGCGAUUUUGAUCUUAAGGAAAAGCAGGUACUCGAAGGCCACACCGAUAGGGUUUGGAGCCUCUCCUGGAAACCGGCGACAGGCGUCAAUGAUAUCCCCGCCGUACUUGCUUCUUGUAGCGGCGACAAGACCGUAAGAGUCUGGGAACAGAGCCCCGCUACAGGCUCUUUUCAGUGCAAGGCAGUAUUGGAUGAGACACACACUAGGACUGUUAGGUCAUGUUCUUGGUCACCAUCUGGCAAAUUGUUAGCGACAGCAAGUUUUGAUGCGACUACUGCUAUUUGGGAACGUGUUGGUGAUGAUUAUGAAUGUGUCUCCACUCUAGAGGGUCAUGAAAAUGAAGUCAAAAGUGUCUCUUGGAAUGCAUCUGGCUCACUGCUUGCUACUUGUGGACGAGAUAAAUCGGUUUGGAUAUGGGAAGUAUUGCCUGGUAACGAGUUUGACUGCGUUUCGGUGUUGCAAGGACAUACUCAAGAUGUUAAAAUGGUCCAAUGGCAUCCAUCUAUGGAUAUCCUGUUCUCAUGUAGCUAUGACAACACUAUUAAGAUUUGGGCUGAAGAUGGGGACAACGAUGAUUGGCAUUGUGUUCAAACUUUAGGUGAAUCUGAUGGUGGACAUAUAUCAUCAGUCUGGGCUUUAUCUUUCAAUUUGGAAGGAGACAAAAUGGUUACCUGUAGUGAUGAUCUUACUCUUAAGAUAUGGGGUGCUGAUAUCAUGAGGAUGCAGUCAGGUGAUGGAUAUGCACCUUGGUCACAUCUUUGUACCCUCUCUGGCUAUCAUGAUCGAACAAUUUUUUCAGUCCAUUGGUCGAGGGAAGGAAUAAUUGCCAGUGGAGCAGCUGAUGAUGCUAUUCGUCUAUUUGUGGAGAACAAGGAUAGUUUGGUUGAUGGACCCACUUAUGAACUACUUCUGAAGAAAGACAAGGCUCACGACAUGGAUGUAAAUUCUGUGAAAUGGAGUUCCAUGGAAAAUCAGCUUCUUGCCUCUGCAAGUGAUGAUGGGACGAUCAAGAUAUGGGAAUUGGUGUCCUUACCUGGAGACAAUAAACUGCCAUUAUAAUUCUGUAGUUUAGUAUAUCGUUUUGUUGUGUUGUAUAAAUACCAUCCUUUGUGUUUUUCAGCUUUUGAAGCAAAAAAUUUACUAGUGUUUUGAAGUUUGUACUAUAAUUAUUAGUUGAUACCCAAGAAUUAGCAACGGGAAACUAGUAUUAAUUUCUUACAGAAUACCAAUUUUUUAGGAAAAAAUUGUGCUCUUGA